UAAUUAAAACAAAAAUGUGGUUUUAAUUUAAGGUUAGGCAUAAGCUUAUCAAUGUGGAUAAGGUUAGGUUUAAAAUAAAAAAAAUUAAGAAGAUACAUUGUAGAAAUAAGCGGGGUUUAUGACUGCUUAUUUAUGUAUGUGUGAUGUGGUUAGGAAACUAGCAACGGAUUAGAAAUGCAAGCAGCGCCUCCCAUAAUGAACAUGUUGCCAGCCAUAAAACAGACUUACAAAUCAUUUCAGGAAGUGAACAAGAAAGACUUACCAAAAUGUCAGAUUCAUACUCUGGUCCAGAGUUUGUGGACUACGACGAUAUCAGACACGGGGCGAAAUUUACCUAUGUCAAAGACAGUCCCUUUGUAGCCUUACAACCUCCAGAUGAUAAAUAUGAGCGAUGGAAUAAAAUCCCUGUCAGUUUGAAAAAGAAAGCGGCACAGUUGAUGCAUGUAUCUGCCUUUUGGUAUCACAUUCUGCUUUGUCGAGAGAAUCACAACACCACACGCUGGGCUGUGCAAGUGGGCUUCCUAGAUUCAAAUGUCAGCAAUGACUUGAGUCUGAAGAGACUGCACAGGAUUGAAAUUUUGGAAGCUAUCCUCAGAGCGAUGGAAAAAGGAUGUUUAUUAGAAGAUCAGACAAGGCAUAUGAUCUGGAUAAGCAAUACGUUUAACUUGAAUGUGCUGGAGGUCCUGGAUGAUGCGAUAUGCUGGCUGGAGCAGACAGGAGAGCCCCGCAUCAAGCAGCAGGUUCAGGAGCUGGGCCCCAGAGGGAACUGCUUUGCUGCUCUUCAACUCAUCUUCGCUGAGUAUGCUCACUAUACACAGGCCAUGGGAGUCAGUAGAAAAAAAUGUAUGCGAGAGCUUGCACAGGGCCCCUGCCAAUGGUUUAUUGAGAAAAGUGAAGAGAUGAAGGCUAAAGGAAAUGAUCAGUUUCAGAAAAAGAAGUAUGAUGCAGCAGUCAAGUAUUACUCAAAAGCCAUCAAAUAUCACCCUGAAAACCACAUUAUCUAUGGGAACAGAGCUCUUUGCUAUAUUCGUAGUGAAAAAUAUCUAAAAGCUGUUGGUGAUGGAAAACGAGCCACUUUGAUACAACCAGAGUGGGCAAAGGGUCACUACCGGUACUGUGAGGCGAUGUUUCUCCUUGGGGAACACAAGCAGGCAAUGGCGGCCAAUGAGUGGGCCCAGACUCUGUGCAAGGCUGACCCAGAAGGCAUGAAGGACCUGCUGCAGCAACAUGCCAAGUUCAACAUAGAGAUGGAGGAGAGCAAAUGCCUCAGGGAAGAGGAGAGCAAAGUUGGCAGUCCGAAUAAAACUGCAGCUAAGAAAGUUUCAAGUAAAAGAACGGAGAGUACUACCAGAGCAGACACUACAGAGUCACGAAAACAGACCGCUAAAUCCGCCAGUAAAGUUGAGCCUUCCACUAAAAGCACCGCUCCUGAGAACAAGUGCUCGGGAGUCAAGGUGGAAAGUCUGACACAGCCAGUGAAAGCUGAAGGGGGAGCACAUUCACUGGAUAAUGCAGAGGGGCCGAAAGAGACGAAAAGUCAAAUGGCUGAUAAAAAGAGCAGCAAAUCAGAGCACAUCGCUUCAGACAAACCGAAAGGGAAGAGCAGAAACCAGUAUUCAAAGACAAUAUUAGGCAGCUCCAGAGACCCCAGUGUGCGAGACACGCUGGUGUCAGCUGUGCAGGAUGCCCACACGGCCCUGGCAGACCAGCGAUACCGCAACGCAGAGCAGGCCUUCUCCCAGGCCCUUGUCAUCCUGGAGACCAGCACACCAAAGGAACUUGGUCUCUGUGCUCUUGACCAAGUUGUGCUGAUUUAUGGCCAUGCCUCAGCUCUGUUAGAGAUGGGUCAACCUGAGGAACUUGCUGAAGCUCAAAGGGACUUUGAAAAGAUCAUAACCUUUGAAGAGCGGAAGUUUCAGUGUCUAGUGUUUUACGGCAUUGGAAAAGUGUAUCAGAAGGAGAACAGAUUUCCAGUUGCUCUGCAACAGUUUUCUGAUUCUAUGCAAAUGGUUAAGAAAAAGAUAACACCUGGCAAACUGACCUGGCCCACCACAAAAGUUAUUGUUGAGGAGACUAAGCUGAACUAUUUCAAGGAGCUGCUAGAAGAAUCCAUAGAGAUAUGCAAAUUUCCACCUAAACCAGAUGCAAUUUGUCGGCAUCAGAAUUGCCUUGGCCAUUCCAAAAUGGAAAUAUACUUCACAGAUCCAGAUUUUAAGGGUUUCAUUCGUGUGGUUUGCUGCCAAAGCUGCAAAGUGGAGUACCAUAUCAGCUGUUGGAAGAAGUUGAAAGCAACAGCAUUCUCUGAUAAGAAUGAAAAGGAUUUCCUGCAGGAAAUAUGCUUUACUCCAGAAUGUGGGGGUAGAAUCUGCCAUAUUAAAAUCUAUGGUUCAACAGGGCUUGUCAAAUGUGAGUUUGUGUCUUUAGCAUCUAUUGAAAAACCUACAGGUACAGAAAAAUUGAGAGUAAAUCAGAAAUGUUCAAGUCUCAAAAAGUUGAAGUCCAAAGAGGAUCGUAAGCUCAGGCGGAAACAACAUAGGCAAGAUGCUUCUCUGACUAUGCAAGACAAGAAUGAUCAGAUGCCUUUGGAGAAUCGGGAGACCAUUAUUAUAGAACAGAAGGCUUUAUUUCCCACCUGGCUGUCUUACGGGGACCGUGUUCUGCUUCAGAUCAGCGAGAGCAAGGAUCUGUUCAGAGACCAGAGCCACAGCGUCUCUGUGUUGAUGAAGAACCUUAAGCCAUGGAUGGAUAUGGACCGGAUCAAACGAAGUGAGCUGGGCAUGUCGUAUGCUGGGAGGCAGCCGGAGACGCUGGGGGAUGUGGUGGAGCUCCUCCUGGAAAGGAAGAACCGGGUAUGGGCCCGCAUCUUCAUCCACAGCCUGAGCGGCUGCCUGGACACCAGUCCCAUGCUGCAUGACUGGGCCCACAAACUGGACAGCUCAGGUCUGAAUGCAGCUGGACUGUUUAUUGACCGCUAUGCAGACCACCUGGAGCAGCUGGACCUAGCUCCUUUGCUACAGUUUGCCCCCCUGCAGGACAUGCUCAUAGAGAAGUUUGGCACCAUGCCUGAGUUAUUUAGCCGUCUUGGCCUGACUGUAACGGAGUACCUAAAGCAGGCCCCUCCCCAGGAGAUGAGGCUGUUUAUCUGGACGUUGGAGGAGCACAGAGACCAGUAUGCCUCCUGCCACGCUGCGCUGGAUUACUAUUUUGAAAUAAUGGAUGGGCUUUGUGUAGUGAUUAAAAAGACAGAGAAUGAAAAUACAAUUAAUUCCCUUUUUAAGACUAAGAACAGAAAUCGCAAAAAAAAGCAGAAGGAGCCAAAGGAGUCGUUUGUCUUGUCGGGAAUGAGAGGUGGUACCUCAAAAGAGGAUGACGAUUUUUUCGAGGAGGACUCUUUAAUGUUCCUUGACCCCAGUGACCCAUUCAGCGUUCCCAAUCAUCUUCGUGAUCAGGUGACAGAGUUUGAGGGACAGUACAACAAUGGCAGCCGCAGUAGCCACUACAAGAGAAUAUUGGACAAUAACCCAGACGCGACUGAGAGUUUGUAUGACUACUUUGCCCAGAUCCUGGAGGAGUACGGUCCCCUGAAGGCCCAGGACCCCCAGCUAGUGGGUGAGCUGGACAACUUCCCUCCCGACGCCCAGCAGAAGAUCCAGGAGGCAGGCGGCCUGAAGCCUUUCCUCCUCGAAUCGCUGCGCUUCGUCAUGACUGACAACCUCCUGGGCCUUAUGAAACACGCUGUGUCACUGCAGGAUGCCAACACUCACAGAAUGGAUGAUCUGUACUUCAUAGGGGAUAUCCCCAACAGACUCUCCCUAAACCCUUCUGCUAUGGCGUUUCUUCCAAACCCUCAAGAUUCUGGAACUAGGGAUUAUGAUGAGCCUAUUGCUAUUAUCCCUGUGCAGCCUAACACAGUUCAAUUCUGUGGCUAUCUUCAAGCCAUUGGAACUCCAUUGGACAAGUCGUAUGAUAACCAUUAUUUGGAUAACCUUGAGGAUCUUGACCUUUAUAUUAGUGAUGUAGAGGAAAAGGGAGUUGAGACACCUGGAAAGACUGCAGCGGAAGUACAGGUAUCAACUUGUGUCACCUUGAGUGAAGUGGCUGUUAACACAGAGCCUUGUGAUCCUUUUGAAGGGAAUAAUGGAGACAUGGCAAAGAAAGAGAAGAGUAAUGCAGAGUUUGAGCAGCAGAUCCAACAAAUAAAGCAGGACUACGACACUGUGAAGCAAAGACGCCUAAAGGAGAUCUCUGCCUUGGAAGGAGAGCUAGAGAAAAUCAACCAUUUAAUACAGAUCAGCCAUAAAGAGCUGGACCUGUUCCAGCAGAAGCUGGAGGAGGAGGUCAAGAAAGAUCAACGGGAGAAGAAAGAGAACCAGGAGACAGUGAAUACCUUAAAGACGAAGAUAAAGGAGCUGGCAGAGUCACAGGAGAGCAUUUCUAAGAGCAUCUGUGAGAAGAACAAGGACUAUGAGACUCACCUGAAUAAUGUCCUGGAACUGAGUAACCAAUCAGCUGUUGAGAAGAUGAGCCUUGAGGAUGAGAUUAAGAGGUGCAGAGACCUGUGUGCCAAGGCAACCAGGAGGUCUGAGGGAGCAGAGCUGUCUAUAUUAGAGAACCGGCGUGGCGCUGGCCUGCGCUGCCUCUACAGGUCUCUGUCGGAAGCCAGGGCCAUCCUUGCCAAACUCAAGGAAGUGGCACCCAGAUUACCUACCCAAAUUCUGCAGUCAGCCACAGAUGCCUGGGGAGCAUGUGUUCAAGAAGCGGAGGAGAAAGUCUGUGCAACUGAGUUUUGUUGUACUCCACAGCUGCAGUACCAGGAUCAUAAGAAGCAGGUGAAGAGGGGGGCCAGGCUGUGCACUCUGCCCCCAGUAACUGUACCCAGCCCCCCCCGGCCCCCACCUGUACCUAUGCUGUUCCCACCCCAGGCUCACCAGCAGCUCCCUCGCCACCUGCUGCACAUGAGAGGCCACCCGGGGAUGCCCAGUGCCCCUCCGGCCUCAGCCAUGGCUCAGAGUGUUGCACUGUCCCCCGGCAGUGCUAAUGAUCCUAGCGGCCAUUUCACAAGGCCUCCCCAGCAGAACCAGGCUCCUGGGCCACAGGCCCCACAGCCCAACAAUGUGUGCGAGAGAAUCAUGGACCGCCUCAGCGUCAUGUUCCCUCACUAUAGCAGGCUCUUGCUGUACAAGUUCACUGGGGAGAUGCGCACAGCCAACGGAGGCUGCCUGACCUCCCUGUCCUAUGAGGAGGUUAUCAACCGAGUGGCCCAGCACAUCCUGGACCACCAGGACAACACCAGGGAGCAGCUGAGCAGUGUGGGUGAAGGUGACCCCGGGGCCCAGCCGUAUGGGACCCCUUCACAUUCCGACUCUCCCGCCUCAGUCUGCUCUACUGGAACCCCUCCCCCUGCCCACGUCUGGAAGAGAGUGGGUGCCCACAGACACUCCCAGUCCAAGGCGCUGAAUAUGGAGGAUCCCUGUAUCAUCUGCCAUGAAGACAUGUCCAAGGAGGACCUGUGUGUGUUGGAGUGCAGACACAGCUUCCACAGAGAGUGUAUUAAGUCAUGGCUGAAGGAGCAGAGCACCUGUCCCACCUGCAGAGAGCACGCUCUCCUGCCCGAGGACUUCCCUCUGCUGCUUGGCAGAAUCUGCAGGGGUCACACGUCUGCCUUCUCCUAAACACUCCCAGCUACCUACCCUGAACCCCUAUCUCUCCCAAUACUUGAACUCCCAACACAUUGAUUACCAGUAUAUGCUCAAUUCCAUACGAAACACUUCUGACAAAUAUUUAAUGUGAAGUUCUUUUGACAAGUGUGAUUUAACCAAUUAUCCAUCUCCCUAAUGUGAUUUAUACAAGGAAUAAAAAUAUAAAUGUAACAUGCAACAAUUUCAAAGAUUUUACUUAGUUACAGUUCAUAAACGGAAAUCAGUCAAUUUAAAUAAAUUCAUUAGGCCCUAAUCUAUGGAUUUCACAUGACUUGGAAUACAGAUAACUUAAAUAAAAGGUAGGGGCUUGGAUCAGAAAACCAGUCAGUAUCUGGUGUGACCACAAUUUGCUUCAUGAAACAUCUCCUUCACAUAGAGUUGAUCAGGCUGUUGAUUGUGUAAUGUUGUCCCACUCCUCUUCAAUGGCUGUGUGAAGUUGCUGGAUAUUUGCAGUAACUGAAACAUACUGUCGUACAUGUUGAUCCAGAUCAUCCCAAGCCUGCUCAAUUGGGUGACAUGUCUGGUGAGUAUGCAGGCCAUGUAAGAACUGGAACAUUUUCAGCUUCCAGGAAUUGCGACAUGGGGCCAUGUAUUAUCAUGCUGAAACAUGAGGCGAUGGUGCCGGCUGAUUUACAUGACAGUGGGCCUCAGAAUCUCGUCACGAUAUCUCUGCGUUCAAAUUGCCAUCGAUAAAAUGUAAUCGUUUGUUGUCCGUAGCUUAUGCCUGGCCACACCAUAACCCCACCACCAUGGGCACUCUGUUCACAACGUUGGCGUCAGCAAACCACCAGAAGCGACACCAAAAACGGGGGGCAGGGGGAAGCAAAGCAAAGUAAAAGGUCUGGGUAGCCAUUUGAUUAGAUGUUCAGGAGUCUUAUGGCUUGGGGGUAGAAGCUGUUAAGAAGCCUCUUGGACCUAGACUUUGCGCUCCGGUACCGCUUGUCGUGCGGUAGCAGAGAGAACAGUCUGACUAGGUUGGCAAUUUUUAGGGCCUUCCCCUGACACCGCCUGGUAUAGGAGGUCCUGGACGGCAGGAAGCUUGGCCCCAGUGAUGUACUGGGCCGUACGCACUACCCUCUGUAGUGCCUUGCGGUCGGAAGCCGAGCAGUUGCCAUAACAGGCAGUGAUGCAACCAGUCAAGAUGCUCUCGACGGUGCAGCUGUAAAACCUUUCCUGAGGGGGAAUAGGUUUUGCCGUGCCAUCUUUAAGACUGUAUUGGUGUGCUUGGACCAUGUUAGUUUGUUGUUGAUGUGGACACCAAAGAACUUGAAGCGUUCAACCUGUUCCACUACAGCCCCGUCGAUGAGAAUGGGGGCGUGAUCGGUCCUCUUUUUCCUGUAGGCCACAAUCUCCUUUGUCUUGGUCACGUUGAGGGAGAGGUUUUUGUCUUAGCACAAAACGGCCAGGUCUCUGACGUCACUAUAGGCUUUCUCGUCGGUGAUCAAGCCUACCACUGUUGUCAUCGGCAAACUUAAUGAUGGUGUUGGAGUCGUGCCUGGCUGUGCAGUCAUGAGUGAACAGGGAGUACAGGAGGGGACAGAGCACGCACCCCUGAGGGGCUCCUGUGUUGAGGAUCAGCGUGGCGGAUGUGUUGUUGCCUACCCUUACCAUCAGGGGGCGGACCAUCAGGAAUCCAGUUGCAGAGGGAUGUUUAGUCCCAGGGUCCUUUAGCUUAUUGAUGAGGUUUGAGGGCACUAUGGUGUUGAACGCUGAGCUGUAGUCAAUGAAUAGCAGUCUCACAUUGGUAUUCCAUUUGUCUAAGUGGGAAAGAGCAGUGUGGAGUGCAAUGAAGAUUGUGUCAUCUGUGGAUCUGUUAGGGCGGUAUUCAAAUAGGAGUGGGACUAGGGUUUCUAUGAUAAUGGUCUAGACCCUGAUUUAGGAUGACGAGCACGCAAAUGAGUUUCCAUGAGACGGUCUCUACAGUGUUGUGCAAACCCACAGUUUCAUCAACUGUCCAGGUGGCUGGUUUGAGAACCUUCUCUAAAACGAUGGAGAAAUGGAAGAGAAAUGAACGUUCAAUUCUCUGGCAACAGCUCUGGUGGACAUUCCUGCAGUCAGCAUGCCAAUUGCACUGUCCUUCGAGACAUGUGACAACUGCACAUUUUAGAGUUUCAUUUUAUUGUCCCCGGCACAGGGUGCACCUGUGUAAUGUUCAUGCUGUUUAAUCAGAUUUACGUUUGUCAUUUAGCAGACGCUCUUAUCCAGAGUGACUUACAGGUGCAAUUAGAGUUAAGUGCCUUGCUCAAGGGCACAUCGAAAUUUUCUCUCUCUCACCUAGUCUGCUUGGGAUUCGAACCAGCAACCUUUCAAUUACUUGCCCAACACUCUUAACCGCCAGGCUACCUGCCACUUCUUGAUAUGCCACACCUGUUGGAUGGUGGCUGGAUUAUCGUCGCAAAGGAAAAAUGCUCUCUAAAAGGGAUAUAAACAAAUUUGUGCCCAAAAUUUGAAAGAAAUAAGCUUUUUUGUGCGUAUGGAACAUUUCAGUGAUUUUAUUUCAGCUCAUAAAACAUGGGACCAACACUUGUUGCGUUUUAUAUUUUUCUUCAGCAUAUUAUUGAUUUUAUAUCAUGCAAUAAAUGUUUUGUUUAGGUCAUCGCAUGUGCCACAUAAGGCUUGUUUACACUUAAGUGUUUGCUGGUUCAAUUUAAAAAAAAAUAUCAAACAAUUUUUUUUGUUAAAUCUGUUCAUGAGCUUUAAUCACAGUAUUAUUGUCAUGAGACACAUGCUUAAUUUAAAAAGGAAUGGUUUAGUUAGACCGGAUUUAUUUAUUUAGAUAAGUUUGGUUAUGGGUUCAGCUAAUUCGUAAAGUCUUAAGGCGCUUGUUCCUGGUGUAAUAAAGAAUGGCAAUUA